AUGCAAGGAUCAAUACCAGAGAAACAACAACAGCAACAUCUCCACAAUAGCUAUAACUCUAGCAAGCACAACCAGCGGUCGAAAAAACUAUAUCUUUAUGGAACUAUAUUGAAGAGUUUCUGUUUCCUCACAAUUUUGAUUUCAGUGGCCUAUUUGUACUCCACAUCACCAUCAUUUUCAUCAAUUGUGUCACAUCCAUGUUCAGUAUUUAAGAGCAGCAUCAGUACCACCAAAAACAACCUAACCAUCGUCUCUAAUUCGACUGAUGGUGGCGUUUCACCUGAUAAUACAGUUUUAGCAACUGCUACUGCUACUGCAACUACAACUACAUUCACUUCAAUAGACAACAGUGAUAAUCUUGACCAAACUAUGGGAUUCCAUAGAAAAAGAAACACAGGAGCAAAAAAGCAAAAGAAACAAAAGAAACAAAAGAAUCGUAACCAAAAGAAACGGGCUGAUAACUCAACAAGUGAUGGUUUUUUCUCAUCUACAUCAGGUGAUGGGUUUGGUACUAGUAGUAGUACCUCAUUUGGAUUUGGACAAUCUUCAUCAAGUUCAACUUCGUUCCUGUCGUCGUCUUCAUCCAGUUCAUCAUCAUCAUCGAGAAGCUCAAGUUCGAGUUCAAAUUCAUCGCCUUCAACAACUUCCUAUGGUAAUCCAUUUUCGACAUCUUCAUUCACUUUCUUCGAUUCUAGUUCCUCGUUUGAUACCCUGUCUGAUAGUUCGAGUUCCUCAAGCUCAUCAUCCUCAUCAUCAACCACAACCAGUUCAUCUUCUUCCUCAUCUUCAUUUGCUUCAGAAACUGGCGAACCUAGCUCGUCAUCUUCAUCAACAAGUUCAUCAUCUUCCUCCUCAAGUGAAGCCCCGGAAACGACAUCGCAAUCCAGUACCACUUCUUCGUCUUCCUCGUCAACUGAGGACAGUGAUUCCUCGGAUACAUCAGCAAGUUCGCGUAGUUUGACAACUUUGAGUUCAGUUGAAAAUGGUAAAACAGUUGUUGUUACCCAAACAUCAUUAAUUUCUUCUCAAGCCCUGGAAACAGAAAAUGCCAACAGCCGUAACUCAAACAACAAUGGUGGCGGAUUAUCACAAACAAACAAGAUUGUCGUUGGUGUAGUUGUUGGAGUCGGUGGGUCGAUUUUACUUGGUAUUAUUGGAGUCCUCUUUUAUCUCAAGAGAAGAAAUAACCGUGACCCAGAAGCAGGAUGGACUUUCUGGAGAAAGAAUGAAAAAUUGGGCAGUGAUGAAUUCUUCAAUGGUGAGUUGGGAGUUAGAGAUAGGAAUAUUAAUCAAGGAUCAAACUUUUAG